UCCCAACCCCCCAGCAACCGGCCAAAGCCUCCCAGCUGCCGCCACCCAUCUCCGGCUGAAAAAUCGGUAAAAGCUUGGGGAUUUCUCCUUCUUUUCUUGUUCUAGAACACAUAUAGAACUCAGAAAUCUUCCCCCUGCAGAGAAAUUUCCAGAUCUGCUCUGCUCUUCCUCCCCUGUCCGUUGGUUUCUGCUAUGUGGGUGCGAAAUUUCUGAGCUUUUCAAGCCCCAAAAUUUUCUGCACUUCCCGCCGGCAAUUCCCCCAAUCUGCAGCUUCAAUUUGCUUGUUGGAAAUUCUGGUGCUGUUAUGGCUUAGAGCACUUGGAUUGAGUCCUCGGUUUAUGCGAUUUGAGGUAAGUAAAUUAUGGUAACGCCCUUCGAUUUCAAAGCAUAUUUUAAAUUGUUUUUGAGAUGGUGGUAAGGUUUAAAUUGAUUUUAUUAGCACUGAGCAUGAUUGAUUUGAAAUGAAAUUAUUAUUCUUUUUAUUGAUUUGAGCAUGCCUUCUUGGAGUUUACUUUACUGCCUUGAUGAUCUAGAAAUUAUUUGUGAAUUAUGAUUUCCUGUUAACUUCUAUUUGGUUUUGUCUCCGAUAUGGUCAUUUUAUUCGUGUGCCCACUGGUGGGAGGUUUAUAAAUGUAGCACAUGUCGACAUGUAUUUCUGUAGAGCCGAUUCCUCCUGUCAGUGGGAGUUGUUAAACAUUGGUAUUUUUGUAAUCCUGCUAGUGGGAUUAUAUACUAGUAAAUCGUGUGCCUGCUAGUGGGAGGUUUAUAACACUGGCCAUGACCCAUAAAGGAGAUGUCUAUUUCAUUUCCGUACUCGUAUCUGUUUUUUGUGAUUAUAUUUGUUGGUAUGCUAUAAGUUUAAUUAAGGGCUAUCCAUGUUUAUUUAUUGGGUUAUCUCAUAGUUUUUCCUUGUCCACCAUUUUAGAAAGCAAAGUCAAGGACAGGGAAAAAUGAGGGGAGUGACGAGUUAGAAGGCUAGUCAUCUUGUAAAUUGAACAUAGAUUUUAGAUAUAAAUCAUGAUCUAGUAA